AUGUUCUCAUGCACUACCAGCCUGGUGAGCUUUUCCCUCACACCUUUCUUCCUUUGCAGUGGCACGCAAUCUUUUAUUUUCUUUUUUCUUUUGUAUAUUCUUGACCUUCUCUCUAUCUUGUCCUCUCUUUAUCCACCUUUAACUUUACUCUCUCUUUUCCACUUCUAUAUAACCUUCCCUCUAUCUUUUAUUCACACUCUACUUUUCUUUUUGAUCUUCUCUCUAUCUUGUCCUCUCUUUAUCUCUAUCCUGUGCUUUCUUUAUCCACCUUUCUCUCUCUCUCUCUUACUUUUUUUGUCAAAUUUUCACCUUUUUUACUCUUUCUCCUUGCCUUUUAUUAUCUUCCUUUUUAGCUUUUUUUCCUCCCCCCCUUGUUUCUCUCUCUUGUUAUUGAUUGAUCUCUCCAUUUCUCAUGCACCUUUUCCCACUUUCCAUGUCUCUAUUUUCAUCUCUUGUCAUUUGUCUCUCCAUUUCCAAAUUUCUUCUCACUACUCUCUGGAUCUCUCAUCACGUUUUUUUUUUAAUCUCCUAUCUUUUGUCAUGUGCCAGUCACUACUCUCUAUGUCUCUAUUACCCUCUCUAUUUCAUCCCUUGCCUCAAUCUUCUCCUUACUGUCUCUUUUUCCCUCUCUCUCUCAUUUUCUAG